GCCUCUCAGAGUGGCUGCUUGCUUGCUGGGGGGUGGUGGUGUUGCUUCUGUACUGAUCCUACCCAAAAAGGGUUUAGUGACAGUGGCAGAAUUUUAAGCUGGACAUUCGUUGGGAGCUUACCCCUUUUGUACGUGGGCCAGUCUGGUGGCUUGUGUGAGGCUGUUGUCUGCACACACACUUCGAGCAGCAGUCCCUCGUCACAGAGGGAUUCCAGAAAGGUUCAGUGAGUGAGACAGCGGGACAGGACGGCAAAUGUGGUUCAGCACAGCAGCAGUCAAGCAUCUGUACUGAGAGAGGGAAGAAAAUAUGAAAUCACACCUCUGUACUCACGGUUUCAAUGUGAGCUAACUGGUGACUUUGCUGUGGGGGGAGAAGACACGCAGGAGUUUAAAUAAACGGCUCAGAUUGUCUAUAACAUGAGUGUUGUUUGUAUUACAGGAAUACAAGAGUGAGGCCAGUGCUGUAAUACCUGAUACGGUGCCACCAGCAAUAUGAUAGCUAACUGAGCUGUGCUAUCUAUAUGAAGCAGGAAACAAAGGAAAGGUUGAAAGUAUUCUACUAGAACUUCAGUGAUUCUGGACCACUGUUACUGCAAUGAUAUUACAGAAGACAGGUGUUGCAUUGUAUUUGUUGGAUGAAACCCAAAUAUUUUCUUUCAGUCACGUGGGUAAAACCCCCUAACUGCAGUUUACAUGUGUAGGUCACUGCGUUACUGUGUUAGUCAUUGUCUCUAUGCAGCAAUGACAAGGCUAGAAGAAGCAAACAGAGAAGUGAACAUGCAUUCAUCAGUCAGAUAUCUGGGCUAUCUUGCCAGAAUCAAUUUACUGGUUGCCAUUUGCAUGGGCCUUUAUGUCAGAUGGGAAAAAACUGCAGAUGCACUGAUUUUGGUAAUAUUUAUUCUGGGACUCUUUGUUCUUGGAAUUGCCAGCAUACUCUACUACUACUUUUCAAUGGAAACAGCAAGUUUGAGUCUCUCCAAUCUUUGGUUUGGUUUUUUGCUUGGCCUUCUCUGUUUUCUUAAUAAUUCUGCCUUCAAGAAUGAUGUGAAAGAAGAAGCGACUAAAUAUCUGCUCCUUUCUGCCAUUGUUUUAAGGGUAUUGUGUGCUUUGGUUGAGAGGAUUUGUGGUUGUAUCCAUCAUCGACCGACUCUGCUGACAACAGUUGAGUUCUUGGAGCUAGUUGGGUUUGCAAUUGCCAGCACAACUAUGCUGGUGGAAGAAUCUAUGAGUAUCAUUCUCUUGGUUAUGGCUUUGGCCGUGUUAAUUAUUGACUUACGUAUGAAGUCUUUUUUGGCAAUUCCAAAUUUGGCAAUUUUUGGAGCCAUUGCAUCCUUACUUUUUUUUCCAUCACUGCACAUUCCCACAAACCCAUUUGCCUUGGCCUGUUUCUUCAGCUGCCUGAUUUCAGAUCCCCUUCUCGACGUUUACUUCAGUGGACUUUCUGUUACUGAACGAUGGAAGCCUUACCUGUACCGUGGUAAGAUUUGCAGAAGGCUUUCUGUCAUCUCAGUUGGAGUCAUUGAACUGAUCUUUUUCAUCCUUGCCGCCUUUAAGCUACGUGAUUUGGAUCUCUGGUAUUUUGUGAUACCUGGUUUUUCUAUUUUUGGAAUUUUUUGGAUGAUCUGUCAUGUGAUUUUUUUUAUAACUCUUUGGGGAUUUCACACAAAACUAAAUGACUGUCACAAGAUAUACUAUACCCACCGUGCAGAAAACAACAGCCUUGACAGAGUUAUGGCAUCCAAAGGAAUGCGUCACUUCUGUUUAAUUUCAGAACAGCUAGUAUUUUUCAGCCUUGUCGCAACUGCUGUUUUGGGGGCAGUCUCUUGGCAGCCAACCAAUGGGAUCUUCAUGAGUGCAUUUCUCAUCGUUUUGCCUCUGGAAUCCAUGGCUCAUGGGCUUUUUCAUGAAUUGGGAAACUGCCUGGGAGGAACGUGUGUUGGGUAUGCUGUUGUGAUUCCCACCAACUUCUGCAGUCCUGAUGGCCAGCCAACUCUUCUUCCACCUGAUCAUGUGCAAGAGUUAAACCUGAGGUCUACAGGCAUGCUUAAUGCCAUUCAAAGAUUUUUUGCAUAUCACAUGAUUGAGACAUACGGCUGCGACUACUCUACAAGUGGACUGUCCUUUGAUACCCUUCACUCCAAGAUCAAGUCUUUUCUUGAACUUCGGACUGCAGAUGGACCCAGACAUGAUACCUAUAUUUUGUAUUACAGUGGUCACUCACAUGGCUCUGGUGAAUGGGCACUAGCAGGUGGUGAUGCUUUACGGCUUGACACGCUUUUGGACUGGUGGAGAGAAAAGAACGGCACUUUUUGUUCCCGACUCAUCAUUGUUCUAGACUGUGAGAACUCUCAGCCUUGGGUUAAAGAAGUAAGAAAAGUAAAUGACCAGUACAUUGCAGUGCAAGGAGCAGAAAUGGCCAAGGUUGUAGACGUUGAGGAAGCAGACCCUCCACAGCUUGGUGACUUCACCAGGCAAUGGGUUGAGUACAACUGUAACCCUGACAGCAACAUCAGCUGGUCUGAAAAGGGUCGUACAGUGAAAGCAGUGUAUGGUGUGUCAAAACACUGGAGUGACUACACUUUGCAUUUGCCAACGGGAAGUGAUAUUGCCAAACACUGGAUGAUUUAUUUCCCACGUAUUACCUAUCCAUUAGUGCAUUUGGCAAACUGGUUUUGUGGUCUCAAUAUGUUCUGGGUCUGUAAAGCAUGUUUUAGGUGCUUGAAAAGAUUGAAAAUGAGUUGGUUUCUUCCCACAGUGCUGGACACGGGACAGGGUUUCAAACUCGUCAAAUCCUAAUUAGGAACCAAAGAGGAAACGAAGUGAGAGCUCUGGGAACUUUCUCACUUUAAAGUAUUUACAACUUUUUGUAUGACUAUUUUCUCUGAAAUAAUCUGCUACACUCACUUUGUUCAGCUCUUUGAGCAGCUAAAGGAUAUGCAACAGUUAGAAACUGCAGUCUUAAACAGAAGAGGCUAGGACUAUAAUAUUUGUGUUUUGUUACUGGACCGUAUGUACAUAUGUAAGAGACUUACUAUGACCAUGCAUUUUGGCAACAGUCUGCAUGUUCAUAUGUGUUACUUUAAGCAGCCUUUGUUCAGAAUCACCAGUGUGACAGACAGGAGCUCCUAUGAAUGUUAGAGCGUGCUUAUUUGUCAUUUAUAUCCCCUAUAAGGUUCAAAUACCGGAAGGGAAACAAGCUAAUCUUGAAAUUAAUAUUUAUGUCCUUAAAAUUGUUUGGUGGGAUCAAGGCUAUUAUAAAACAGCACUGAGCCAAAAAUUAGAAGAGAAGAAUGAAUAGUCAUUGUAGAGAAGUAGCUACCAGGAAUCUUGUUUUAUGUGCUUUUACGUCUUCAGCUCUUGCCUCAUUCUCUACUGCCAUCGGUGGAAAUUUGCUUCAGAAAACAAGGAAAUCAGACAAUCUUGUAAUGUUCUGUUGGAGUUAAAAGUGCACUGAGAGGUUUUUUCCUCACUGGUCUGGGUGGUUCUGUCUUUUUCAGGCUGUUAAUAUUUUUGAAAAGCUACUCUGAAGUAAAAAAAAACAAC